AUGUAUUCCUUUGAACAGAUCAAUAACAUUAAGUCCCUUCUGCCGGUGACCCUGAAUAAUGGAACUGACUCUCUAAUGAACAUUUUUCAAAGUGGGAACAAGGCAAUCAUCCAGUUCACGACUGAUGUAAUGGUAUCGUAUGAUUGGAAUCACGUUGUGCGCAUUGAGCUCACAAGGCGUUAUUCAAGGAAUGUUGCUGGCAUGUGCGGGAAUUACAACCAGGAUCCGGCAGAUGACUUUCAAAUGCCUAGCGGCUCUCAGGCCCCUAAUGCCAUUGAGUUUGGAAAGAGUUGGAAGGUAAGACAUUUUUAUGACUAGAUUCAAAAUCUGUAUUAUUUUCCAGUAUUUUAAGAGUCCAAAUAUUUGAUUGCCAAAUGUAUGUGUUUCCAGUAAAAUAAUAGAGUUACGGAAUGGGCUCUAAAUGUUUCUGGGUUAUUUGCCCCUUUGUUGAAUUCUUCAGAGACUCUGCACGUAGAGAACAAAUUAAAAUCUGAGUGAAAAAUCCUUCCUGGCCACCAGUUAUUAAACCUAUUACAAAAUACAAGGACCAAAAGGCUGCUAUGUCAGUGGUACUUUACUGGCAACAUCAGAAGAAAGGGACGAGUGUUGUCAAAAUAUCAGAGUUGAGUGUAAAGUGAAAUAACAAAGCAGUGGGUGACAGCAGGCUGGUCCCCUCGUUUCCAUUCAUGAUCAGACAGUAAGGAGAAUACCCCAGGUUCCUGGGACCUCUAAUUACUUUACUAAUUUUCACAUGUAAUCAGGGUGUGGUAAAAUGGAAUUAUUGUGCAGGGUCGACGUUAGUUUUUCAGUCACAACAUUUGUGUUCCCUGUUUAAAAAUACAUGGGUGCCCAUGCAAAUAAAAUAAAUAUUCCCCAAAAUUUCUUCAAAUAUCAAUACCAAGUGUAUCCAUAAAAUCAUACUCUCUCAAACUAAUGAGAAUGGAGAGAUGCUGUCCAACAGCUGGGGCAAUUUUAUAGGUGUUCCUGCGCAUACCCUCACCCUCCAGCAUGCGUUGGGGGUGAGAAGCAGUGGACACAUUAAUGGCUGCCCACUUUAAUCAUUACUUAAACAUUUUAGAUUGCUGAGUUGCCUUUAAAGUGUGAGUUUAUAAAAGGGUUUGUCUGCCUACAACUUGAUGGUGUCAGUCAUCAUGUCAAUGGGCAGAGAUUGGAACAGUUAGAGACUUGAGAGAUGUAGAAUCAAGCUAAACAAUAUAAAAUAAUUGUAGUCAGAGUAAGAACAGAUCUGAGAAAGUUAUUAUUUUUUUUUUUUUUAAGUUCUAUGUUUCUUUCAUUCUGGUCCUUCCAGAUGGACAAUGGCGCAGACUGCUGGGAUGACUGCAGUGGACCCUGUCUAACCUGCCCUCCAAAUGUGGCAGAUAAAUUUAAAACAGAUAACUAUUGUGGGCUUAUUGCCAAGAAAGACGACGGUCCCUUCAGCGCGUGUCAUGCUUUUGUGGAUCCCAGCACUUACAUGGAUAACUGCGUGUACGAUGUGUGUGUAAAUAAUGGUUACAAGCAGCUUGCAUGUCAGGCAAUUAAGGACUAUGCAGACACCUGCCAGCAGGCAGGGGCGAACAUCACUGAAUGGAGAGAGACGGCCGGAUGUCGUAAGUGCUUCUAACAUAACCUUGCAAAUAUAAUUCCUGCUAAAAUAAAACAUAAACUAGUGGAUGGGAAAUGAAUCUCACCCACAAACAAUACCACAACUCCAAGUACAUGUAUUUUAAAUAGCAGGAAUAAUCGUAAGGCCUUGGUAAUUAGUUGGAUCCCAGUGCAGGACUUUGUAUUCUGCACUUUGUGGAAUACCCCUAUGAUCCUCAGGAAAAAAAAUACGAAUAGGCAAGUUAUGUACUGAAAAAGUGCACAUUUAUUGAUGGUGGACAUAAAAACAAAAUAUGGCAUGGCAGUCUUCAUUAAUCCUGAGUGUAGAGGCAGGGUUGAUGAAGGUGCAAACAGCAUAUCAUUGACAGCACUAAUCGUAAUAAUAUAGGUAUCCAUGCAAAGAUGACACAUUUGCAAAAAUAGGAACACUUAGUAACAAAAUUGUUGCAAUACCUGCUACUGCCUGAUAAAAGAGAGACCACCUACUCCGCUAUCCAUGAAAAAAGAUGAAGUGAGAAACCUGGAUGCGUUUCGCACCCCCCUGGGUGCUUUCUCAACAUAAGUUCACAUAGGAAAUUCUGGAGAUAUAUAGGAGAAGUCCACUGAAAAUGAGGCUCUUCGUAGAUUGGACCAUAUGUACCUAAUUGCGAUAAAGAAUGUGCGGACUUGUAACCCUGUGUUUCCUGGGAAUUACUUAAUCAGGGCAAUCCUUUCCUUAAAGUAGUACACUUAAUAAGUCACCAAUAUCAAAAGAAAGGAACUCAGAGUCCAAAUUAUCUACCAUAAAAAAAUGACAACAGGAAAGAGCUUUAACCAACUAGAAAGCUACAAUUUCUGGGCAAAUUGUGUGGUGUUCUUGCCUCCACCAGUAGUCUACAACCAACUAGAGUGGGCGGAGUAACUGUUAUUAGUUAUUUAUAUAGCACAUUUAAUUGCAACGUUGUUGCCCAAAGUGCUUCACAGUUACAUUAAGCAAUACACAAGAUCCAGCGCACUCUCCUAUCUACUAAACAGCAACUUCAAUGUUGACAGAGUUUAUUAGUUUUUUUUAAAGUUUUUUUCUAAAGGUUCCUUUCUGCUCCUUCUCCUACUUUACCUGUGUGCUCCUUCUGAUUAUUUCUGCUCCUUUACCUGUGUGCCUUCUGUCCCUUCCUGCUCCUUGCUGACCAUUUCUGAUCAUUUCUUCUCUUUCCAGUGCCUUGCUAACCCUUCUUGUGCCUUGCUAACCCUUCCUGCUCAUUUCUGUUCCUUUCUGUUCAUUUCUGUUCCUUUCUGCUCCUUCUCCUACUUUAUCUUUGUGCUCCUUCUGAUUCUUUCUGCUCCUUUACCUUUGUGCUUCUUUUGCCCCUUUCUGCUCAUUUCUGUUCCUUUCUGUUAAUUCUCCUACUUUACCUUUGUGCUCCUUCUGAUUGUUUCUGCUCCUUUACCUUUGUGCUUCUUCUGUCCCUUCCAGCGCCUUGCUGACCCUUCGUGCUCAUUUAUGUUCCUUCCUGUUCUUUUCUGUUCCUUUCUGCUCCUUCUCCUACUUUACCUAUGUACUCCUUCUGCCCCUUCCAGUGCCUUGCUGACCCUUCCUGCUCUUUUCUGUUCCUUCCUGUCCAUUUCUGUUCCUUUCUGCUCCUUCUCCUACUUUACCUUUGUGCUCCUUCUGUCUCUUCCUGCUCCUUGCUGACCAUGCCUGCUUCUUGCUACUCCUUGCUGCCCUUUGUGCUCCUUGCAGAUUUUUCCUGCCCCUUGCAGACCCUUCCUGCUCAUUUAUGUUCCUUUGUGCUCCUUCUGCCCCUCCCAGCUCAUUGCUGACCCUUUCUGCUCCUUGAUGUCCCUUCCUGCUCAUUUCUGUUCCUUCUCCUACUUUACCCUUGUGCUCCUUCUGAUUCUGUGCGCUCCUUCUGUCCCUUCCUACUCAUUGCUGACCAUUUAUGCUCCUUGCUGACCCUUUCUGUUACUUGCUGACGCUUCCUGCUGCUUACUGCCCCUUUCUGCUUCUUGCUGUCCCUUUUCCAACUUUUUUUUUUUAAUUCUUUAUUUUGAAGAUGCAUGUCGACAUAUCAUGAGUUACAGUGGCAUAGUUAAAAGAUAAAUCAUGGCAUAAUACCGGUUUAGAGGUAUCACAUAACUUGUCUAGUGGAGCUGCACACAAUGUUGCGUUAUGAGAACUAGUAACAGUGUAAGCGAUUACUCCCAGGCUUAUGGCCCCUUUUGGAGUGUAGCACGUGAGGCCUCUGCAGCGGCCAUCUUGGAUGGUGUCUGUCACUGCAACAUCUGGCUGUUCCGCUGAUGAGCCCUGCUGCAUUUUCUGUGUAGCCCCAUAAUCUUUUUGCCUAGAUUUGGUGUUUUUAAUAAAACUAGCAAAAUAGCUGUUUAACAGAUAAGGGAGUGCGCUGGAUUUUAAUUUUUACUGUACUUAUUGGCCCCCAGCAGCACCCCAUUUAAGCAUGUUUAGGUGAAUGCAGCCAACCCCUUGUUUUUUCAUAUAUAUAUUUAGGAGUCUAGCCAGCUCCUUGGGUUUGCACCCCUCCCUGUCACACGUGUCUCCUCCCAGGACCCUAUUUAGCCCUGUACUGCAGAGAACUUGAGGUGGAAGGAUUUUCCCAAGUGAGAAGCUCAUCUAACAGUUGGCUGUUAGAGUAGGACCUGCCAAAGAUGGGGUACAUUGAUGUUGUGCCAGGCUUAUGCAACGUAUGAUCAUAUAAUGUAACUAAACCCCCAUUAUUUUUUGCCUAGAUUAGGUGUUUUUAAUAAAACUAGCAAAAUAGCUGUUUAGCAGAUAAGGAAGUACGCUGGAUUUGCAUUUUUACUGUACUUAUUGGCCCCCUGUAGCACCCCAUUUAAAGGGACACUAUAGUCACCCAGACCACUUCAGCUCAAUGAAGUGGUCUGGGUUCCAGGUCCCUCAGGUUUUAACCCUGCAGAUGCAAACAUAGCAGUUUCAGAGAAACUGCUAUGUUAACAUUGCAGGGUUAAGCCAGCCUCUAGUGGCUGUCUUCCAGCAGAGCAUCCAUAGGAAAGCUUUGAAUUUUUUUUUCCUAUUGACAGCUUGAAUGCGCACGCGGCACUUGCCGCGCAUGCAAAAUCGUCUCUGCUGACAUCGGCAGGGGAGGAGAGGUCACCAGCACCGAGGGAGCCCAGAGCUGGAAUAAGGUAAGCUGCUAAAGGGGUUUUAACCCCUUCAGCCCAGCAGGAGGGGGACCCUGAGGGUGGGGACACCCUCAGGGCACUAUAGUGCUUAGUUUUCCUGACACUAUAGUGAUCCUUUAAGCAUGUUUAGGUGAGUUCAGCCAGCCCCUUGUUUUCGCAUAUCGCUAAUUAGCCAGAUAUAAAACACUGCCUCUCUUUGAGGGCAGUGUCAGUUAAUUGACUCUGGUUCCUGCUAUAGUGUAUCUUGAUCCAGUGUUUUCCAGGCGGUUCCUGACCUUGACUUAUCUCAUCGUUUACUCUGACUUCCACUGACUUCAGCUUUCCAUGACUACUCUUCUUGCCUGUUCUGUGACUUGGAGCUAUAUUCCUGCACAGACUCACAGCCUAGGUGGCUUCUUACCUGGUCACCUUGGUGUGUGUUUAUUUGCCAGGAUGAGCGUAUAACUCUGCACAUCAGACUCCACAUCAGGUAACAUCCUGACAAGCACCUAGUGAUAGACCAAUCUUUGGUGGCAUAGUAAGGAGCAGGACAUCUACGUGCAUUGGUGGCACUGCUCAUUCCUACUAAUUGUCUUUCAACGACACUGAGAAAAUAAGAUAAUCUCUAGUGCAGAUCUCUUGUUACUCUUUGUAGACCUGCAGGAACAGAAACUCAUGUCUCUCAUCCCUCAUACAAUAAAGUGAAUGGACUUUGAGUGAACAUAGAAUUAAAUAAGAAAGUGAGUCCAAAAACUGCACUCAUCACACUUGUAAACGUGGUCACAUUUUAUCUUUAGAAUGAAUGAAACUCGUUGUUUGCUGUAUAUAAACCCCUUUGAAAAUGAAAUCUGGUAAAGAAGAGAUGUUAAUCACAUUUACACUGUGUUCUUAAUUGCCCCUAGGCUUAAACUGCCCCCAGAACAGCACCUAUAUACUCUGCGGGAGGGCCUGUGCCCCAACGUGUCAAGAUCCGACUGCAUCAUCUCCAUGUUCUGAACUCUGUGUGGAGCAAUGUCAAUGUGAUCCAGGUUUCGUUCUGAUAGGAGGAAAGUGCUCAUCCAAAGAAAACUGUGGUUGCUUUAUAAAUGGGCGUUCAUAUGCGCCUCACCAGUCAUUUUGGGGGGACAAUACCUGUAGCCAAAAGUGUAUUUGCAAUGGACAAAGCCAGAAAGUGGAGUGCAGUAAAACAUCAUGCAGAGUUGGCGAAGAAUGUAGUGUGAGAGAAGGACUCCAAGGCUGUUACCCCACCACUUUUGGAAAGUGUAGUACCUGUAGCAGUACCCAUUACUUCACAUACGAUGGAGGUAAACAUGAUUUAACUGGCAACUGCAAGUACCAGCUCUCUGCCCUCUGUGACCACAGUCUAGGGUUAACUGAUUUCCAGGUCAACAUUCAGAACCAGAAAGUGGCAAACUUGAACCUAUCAGUCGUUGCAAAGGUUGAAAUAGAAGCGUAUGGGACAAAGAUUGAAAUUAGCAGACAGAAUGCCAAUCAAGUCAUGGUGAGAAUCAAUUUUGUACAAUGAAAAUAUUACAUUAUUAACCCCUUAAGGUCUGAGCCAAAUGUACAUGUGAUCAAAACAAAACGUAAACAAAAACUGGAAUUUGCGCUAUAUGUCUGUUCAGGCGUAAUUUACCUCUUUCACACUAUGUGCACCCACACUUAUUAUAUAUCAUUUUAUUCAGGGGAAACAGGACUUUCAUUCAACAUCAAAUAUUUAGGUAUAUAAUAUAAUUUAAUAUGAAUAAAAUAUAAAAAAUGGCGAAAAUACAAAUUUAAAAAUAAAUGUUUAGUUCUACGUGACAUUCUAACUGUGAAUGUCAAAAUACUGUUUGCUUUUACUGCAAUAAAAUACACAUAUUUGUAUUCAGCCAUGUCUCAGGUGUAAAACAGUACCCCCUAUGUACAGGUUUUAUGGUGUUUUGGGAAGUUAAAGGGUCAAAUAUAGCAUGUUAAAUUUUUCAUUUUUUUCACAUUGAAAUUCGCCAGACUGUUUAUGUUGCCUUUAAGACCGUGUGGUAGCCCAGGAAUGAGAAUUACCCCCAUGAUGGCAUACCAUUUGCAAACGUAGACAACCCAAGGUAUUGCAAAUGGGGUAUGUCCAGUCUUUUUUAGUAGCCACUUGGUCAGAAACACUGGCCAAAGUUAGUGUUAAUAUUUGUUUGUGUGUGAAAAAUGAAAAAAAAUUAUUUAAACGCCAAUUUUGGUGAGUGUUUGUGACUACAUGGCUACUAAAAAAGACUGGACAUACCCCCUUUGCAAUACCUUGGAUUGUCUACUUUUGCAAAUGGUAUGCCAUCAUGGGGGUAAUUCUCAUUCCUGGGCUACCAUACAGUCUUAAAGGCAACAUAAACAAUCUGGCGAAUUUCAAUGUGAAAAAACUGAAACGUAAGCCUUAUAUUUGUCUCUGUAACUAUUGAAACCACCAUAAAUCCUGUACAUGAGGGGUACUGUUAUACUCAGAAGACGUCGCUGAGCACAACUAUUAGUGUUUCAAAACAGUAAAACAUAUCACAACAAUUAUAUCGUCCGUGAAUGUGCCAUUUGUGUGUAAAAAAUGCGAAAAUCUCUUUCACUGAUGAUAUCAUUGUUGUAAUACAUUUUACUGUUUUGAAACACUAAUAUUUGUGUUCAGCAAAGUCUUCCGAGUAACACAGUACCCCCCAUGUACAGGUUUUAUGGUGUCUUGUAAAGUUACAGGGUUAAAUACAGUGCUAACAAAUUAAAUUCCCUGGAUUCUCGGCCUGGGUUGUCAGGCAGUUGCCGCAAAUUGUAAUUAAUAAAUUGACUUAAUUGUGUGUGUGUGUGUGUGUGUGUGUGUGUGUGUGUGUGUGUGUGUGUGUAUAUAUAUAUAUAUAUUAAUUUUAAAAUACAGUUAGAAUGAAAUUACGUGUGUGUGUGUGUAUAUAUAUAUUUAGUUUUUAUUUUUUUAGAUUUUUUACGUAUUUACAUAUAUAUUUGAUAUUAUAAAUAAAUAUAUAUAAAAUUAUCUAUAUAUAUAUAAUCAAUAUCAUCGUACGCGUAUUUUGAUAUUAAUAUAUAUAUUAAUAUUAAAAUACACAUAGACGGUGUGUGUAUUUAUGUGUAUGUAUAUAUAUAUAUAUACUUAGAUCAUAUAUAUAUAUAUAUAUAUAUAUAUACGAUCUAAGUUUAUAUUUAAUUUUACACUGUUUUUAAACAGUUUUUUAUUUUUUUCAGGCAGCUGGGGAAGUACCUGUCAUUACAGGCAUCCCCCCUUCUGGCUAUGCUGUCCAUGUGAUCGCAAGGUCCUCGCAAGAACCUCGCAAUCACAUGGCCCAGGGGAGCUGAAGAGUACAGAGGGGGACAUUCUAGGACGGCGGGGACAUUCUAUGCCGCCCUCUGGCGUUUAGAGCCGGUUCAACAAAAGUCCAACAAAAAAAUGCAAACAUAAUUGAAUACCACUGGUAUGGAAACAGCUAAAUCUUGAUAGGGAUAGAUGACUUUUAUGGGGUUCUGGGACACGUGUGUCUCGAAGUCCAAGCGUACAUAUGUAGAGAGAAUAGAAAAAAGCAUCCAAUGGUACAGUAUGUGGCGGACCACCUGGCAUCCCCGACUGGAUACCUCAACCAGUCGUGCUUCUUAGUAGUUGCCAAGUACCAUAAGCACAGUACCGGACACCAUAAGCACUGUAGCCCCCCUUGGCAGCCACAGCUUAGCUGGGGUCUUGUUGUCACUUCCCAUCCUGCACCAACACCUAUAUUCAGCUCCCAGUAGGAAGACCAAGAGAGUAUCGCAGUAUAGCCAGUAAAAGUGCAAGUAUAGCUGCCCCCCUCCCUGCUGGGAAGUAAUCUAAUUUAUUUAGGGCCACACAUGGCCUUUUAUGCAAACCCCAUGCAAUGGAUUCCCAACACAAAACAGGGUAACCCCCUCCCUUCUACCUGAGAGAUAAUUGAGUCAGGAACUGUACAAACUCAGUUAUCUUCAGGCACAGAAAACAAACAUUUUACAAAUUCUCCAAAAGUACCCCCAAAACACAUGAAAACCCCACAAAAGUCACAUCCCCUGAUAGCCCUGAUCUGGGUGAUAAACAUAUCCAAAAGUCACCCAGAUUGGUUUGGGUUUUCCAUGGAAGUCAUAAUUUGACCGACCGCACACGAGGCUCCUGCCCAAAAUAGUUCCAAGGGAAAAGUGGUAGGGGUCAAUCAAGUUCGGUAGUUUAAAAAUGAACAAACUACCGAACGUAGUCAAUAGUCAUAACGUGGAGCUUGUUCCCCUUAUCCAGACCUCCGAUUCCACCAAACAGUGGCCUUGCACGAUGUACCGAACACAGGCGAUUAUGGAAAUUCGGUAGUUUGAGUGACCGAUUUCAGUUUCAUGCACUCGACGACCAAACACCGCUGCCUGCAUUCGCGGGAACAAGAUGGCUGCCACAACGUGUUAGGCCAUACGAACGUCGGCCACCCAGACGAACAAUUAGAACACUGCGGACAGAAUCGUUACAAGGUGCUCAUAGGGUUUGACAAGUUCCCGGGUGGUCCUUAGUUCAGGAAAAUCCCACAAACCAAAUCUUUUCACCUUGCUUUUAUAGGGCCCAUAGUCUUUCGGCAGGAGGCAACCUGCAGGCUCCUCCAGGAGCACGUGGCGAGGUUAUGUAGCCACAUAGUAUAUUCCAAAUUUUGAGAACUGUGCAAAUAAUAAAUAGAUCCUACUCACAUUUACCUGAGUAGAGCGUAGAGUGGUAUUCUUCCCAUGUCUAGGAUAUAUGGGUAGGUGGAAUUCUUUAGGUUUUCUCAGCGUGGUAGCAUAGAUGGAGCCCAAGGUAUUUAUAAAAUAGUGCUCUCUGUAUGUCUGAAAUCCAGGAGUAGUCAAGCAGACUCAUAUUUGGUCAAGCAUUUGGUCACUGCUCGAUGUAUAGGGCGCAGGUGGUAUGAUCUCUACCCUGGAUUCUUGGUGAGAUUCUCACUGGAAUCAAUGGUCAGGAUGCCAGGCAGUAGAUAAAAAAUUUAAAAUAAAUAAAAGGAGUAUGGCACAAGAAUAAUAUAAAAAUAGCCAAUGGUAAUUUAUUAAUAAAAUAAAUUAAAAAUCUUCUAAAACGCAUUUCACCUUUCAAUAGGCUUUAUCAAGUAGAUAAAUUAUUUUACACUGAGUCUUGCAGCCAAUAGGAACUUGGCAGUCACUACCUUUUGGGACAUAUCGAGGGAGAAAGUCCAGAGCACAAAAGGCAGCUUUGUAAUUGUACAACACGAUAUAGUAUUAAACUCAGUAUGAGCUUUUUAUAUGCCCAUGAAUGGUAUAAUGUUGCUUGCAGGAGACAUGU